ACACAAUGAGCUGCGCAGCACCACACACCUUGGAUAAUUAAGUAGCUGACAGUAAUUGAAAAUAACCCUGCUUCUGGCACAAUGGAAAGAGCUUUUUGCAUCCCUGUAGGAGCACUGAAACAUAUGCAAUGGGCCGAAGAACUACUUUUGUAUCUGUCCCUGCUGGUUGCUUUCCUUUCCUACUCCUUGAAGGUUUCUGAGAUGGCAACAGUGAGAAACGCUGCUGUAAGCCUCCCUGGACCACUUAGGAUGGCAAGCAGUUGCUGAAACAAACAGUGCUACCAGCUGAAACCUCACUGAGUGAACUAUGGUGUGAGAACAUUUACAGUGAUUGUUGUUAGUACCACUACUGGAAUAGAUUUAAAAAAGUAAAGUAAAAGAAAUAACAACUAAAUUCGAACAAGUUAGGUGAGAUAAUCUGGGGAAAAACACACAUUUUUUCUCUAGAGCAAUUUGAAGUAGCCCCAAAUUCUGAUAUCUCUGCUUACACCCUUGAAGUCCUUUUUGAGGGCAUAUCUGUGCUAGGACCGCAGGGUGUGUUUCCCCUGCAGCAGCUCAGCUGCAUGGCACACUCAUGCAGAGUCAAGACCCAAGAGUCCACCAUCCACAGCACACACCCUGAGCUUAUCUGGAAGCAGCUCAUGAGCAGGGGUGAGGAAGCAAGGCAGCAAACUCUAAGAGGCUGUUCCAUCCGGAUGAUCAAAGGACCUCCAGGUGAGGUAUACUCACCUCAGGUAUUCGACUCAGCCAGUGGCACUGCUCCUAGAAGGAACUGCAUGGUAAUAUUCAGAAAAAUACAGAAACCUGGCCCUAAGUGACCUACGCACAUUUCAAAGAAGACGGCUCAUUCUCUGCCUAAGACCAGCCAGGUGCAAUGAACUGCAAGAACAGACUCCUAAGUCUUAAGCAACUAUUUUUCAUUAAGCAAGCUUCAUUUUUAAUGGAGGUUUGAAAGUAAACAACGUGCUAUUCAGAAAAAUAAUUAUUAGUGUUUAAGUCAGGGGGCUUUUGCCAGUACUAAUUUCAGUCAAAAUCAUGCUUCUUGAGAUUUAAUCACUGUCAUCUCUAAUCUGACUUGAAUCUUUUAAGGACAUUUGUAAAGGAUUUUUCCCCAGAUGAAUUUUAGUGCGUUACCCAAAACACCGGGGACACAGUUCUUUCCAACUGUAGAGAUGUAGCUGCAAGGCUCCUGCUGCCCUGAAAGGGGUUCUCACCUCUCCCCAAUCAUUAUCCAUGAACUCACACCCAGCACAAUGUGAACAACUUACAGGCAGCUUCUCAGUCACGCUCAAACUCAGGUAAAUAAGGGUAGGAAAGCAAGUUAAUACAUGCAGUUAUUUUAAGGAUCUUUCCACGCUUCAACUUUUGAGGAAGCUGAGAAAGACUGCAAACCAGGGCCUCGUACUGACAACACAUCAAAACCAGAAAAGCACAAGAGAAAAUGAAAACAUGAUGAUGCAUUCACAUGAAAAAUGUACCAGAUACAACAGAAACGCAGACAAUUUCACUGUACUCAAGUCACAUCUAUUUAAAAAUCCUGUUCCCAGGACUGACAACACAAACCCGUGUGCAUUUUCCUAUGGGUUUGCUCAACCAGCUUGAAGAGAGUAUUACUACGAUUCAGUUACUGAAAAGAAAAUUAUAAGCCAAAAUGUGAUGGUUUAUACUUUCCAACCUACAAUUAGGCUGUGAAAUCGGAAGCGGCGAGCGAGCAGCCUUUUCCUCCCGCAUUUUGGGCGGGAGGAGAGGUGGUCCAACUACACAAUGACAGAUUAUGCGAAUCCUCGGGGAGCGCCUCAUCAAUCACGGCGCUGCGCUGCGAGGGGGGGGGACGCGGCUCAUCUCCGACUGAGCCUCCGUGGCGGCGGCCUUGCGUGAAGCCUCCCGCCGCCGGCGUGGCAUCAGAGCAGCUCCGAGUCCUUGGGAGUCUCGGGGUUGAUCAGCGGGAGGAAUUGGCCGCUUCUGCCAAUCACCGCCCUGCGAAGCCGCCUCGGUACUCGUGCAGCUGAGGGAGAGGGAGGCUGACUACAGCAAACAGGAGGCGCGGCGGUGGCAGCGGCGGUAGUAACAGGAGCAGCUGGGAUUCGCGUGAUUAAAGAGUUCCCGCAGCCUUUUUGCUGUACUCCGGCUGCUCCCUGGUGUAAUCCCCAUGCCCGAGAAGGAAGCUGCAUUUUAACAGCGCGCUGAGCAGAGGUUUGAAUCAUUCCAGCUGGCUGCUUGUUUGGAAAAGGACAGCCUGUGUAUAAAUGAGAUGUGACUGUGCCGGCAGAGUUCAGUUUUUGGGGCUGGAGCAAGAGGAGCCUUCCCGGGAUGCCGCUCAGACAGCUGCUAUCAAUUUCAAACUCUCUCUAGUUUACCUGGAGCCAUGGGAGAAGAUCCGAAUAGCAGAUGUCUCUCUCCUGCACACUAGGAAGAGAGAUUCUUCUCUAGAUAAUGUUGAGAGUCAUCCUCAUUGAUUAUUGGCAACUGCUGUAUUCUGAGAAAGCCUCUUUCAAUUUAGCUUUACAGAUCCUUUGACUUCCCACUCCAACAGCUUCAUCACCUCCCCAACAGCUUCAUAAAUGUACUGCAAUGGUCACAUGAACAUCUCAGGAGGGGAAUCAGCACCUCUGUGUCUCCUCAUUAUUAUGGCACUUUAGGAAGAGAAAACCAAAAAGCAACAAGUCCAACAGAAGUUGAAAGUCCCACAAAAGAUGAAUCUAAUAGUGAGGCUCCGCAGAAGUUUCAGAACACUUGUUAUUCUUCUGGCUACUUUCUGCUUAGCAAGUAUCGUCAUUUCUGCCUAUUACUUGUACACCAGCUACAAGCAGGAGAUGGCCCUUGCAGAAACCACUGGAGAAGCAGACUGUGAAGAUCUCAAGCUCCUACCAUACAGAUCCAUUGAGCUGAAAACAGCUAAGCCAAUUGAUCCAUCUAAAACUGAUCCCACUGUCCUCCUGUUCGUGGAAAGCCAAUACUCCCAGCUGGGACAAGAUAUCAUAGCCAUCCUUGAGUCCAGCAGAUUUCAAUACCACAUGGUCAUCGCGCCUGCCAAGGGGGAUAUUCCCCCUCUCACAGACAACGGAAGAGGAAAAUACACAAUUGUUAUAUAUGAGAAUAUUUUAAAGUAUGUAUCCAUGGACUCAUGGAAUAGAGAGCUUCUGGAAAAAUACUGUGUGGAAUACAGUGUUAGCAUAAUUGGUUUUCAUAAAGCCAAUGAAAACAGCUCCCCAAGUACAAAACUGAAAGGCUUGCCAUUACAUCUUUACAAUAACAUAGCCCUCAAAGACUGUGUUGUAAACCCUCAGUCUCCCCUUCUGCGCAUUACCAAAGCACCAAGGGUUGAGAAAGGCCCACUGCCUGGCGAAGACUGGACAGUUUUCCAGUUCAACCAUUCCACCUACCAACCUGUGCUUUUAACUGAACUGCAGACCUCCCAACCACCUCCCAUGGCAUUGCCAAAGGCUGCUCUGUAUGCAACCGUCAUCCAGGACUUGGGGCUUCAUGAUGGGAUUCAAAGAGUUCUUUUUGGAAACAACCUGACCUUCUGGUUACACAAGCUGAUCUUUAUUGAUGCCAUCUCUUUCCUGUCAGGGAAGAAGCUCACGCUGUCCUUGGAUAGGUACAUUCUGGUUGACAUAGAUGACAUCUUCGUUGGGAAGGAGGGAACAAGGAUGAACGUAAAUGAUGUGAAGGCUUUACUAGAGACUCAAAAUUUACUGCGCACUCAGGUUGCAAAUUUUACCUUCAACCUUGGAUUUUCAGGAAAAUUUUACCACACAGGGACUGAAGAGGAAGAUGCAGGCGAUGACCUGCUGUUGAGAUCUGUAGAUGAGUUUUGGUGGUUUCCCCAUAUGUGGAGUCACAUGCAGCCCCAUCUUUUCCACAAUGAGUCAUCACUGGUGGAGCAGAUGAUCCUCAACAAAGAAUUUGCACUAGAGCAUGGCAUACCGACUGACAUGGGGUACGCAGUGGCUCCACAUCACUCCGGGGUCUACCCAGUUCACAUCCAGCUGUAUGAGGCCUGGAAGAAGGUCUGGCACAUCCGAGUGACCAGCACAGAAGAAUAUCCACACCUGAAGCCUGCACGGUACAGACGGGGCUUCAUCCACAAUGGCAUCAUGGUGCUCCCUCGACAGACCUGUGGCCUUUUCACUCAUACUAUAUUUUACAAGGAAUAUCCUGGGGGUCCUCAGGAGCUGGACAAAAGUAUCCGAGGAGGUGAACUCUUUCUCACCAUUCUCCUGAAUCCGAUCAGCAUCUUCAUGACCCAUUUGUCUAAUUACGGGAACGACCGCCUGGGGCUAUACACCUUUGCGAACCUGGCCAGCUUUGUGAAGAGCUCGACAAACCUGAAACUGCAGACACUGCCCCCUCUCCAGCUGGCACACAAGUACUUUGAGCUCUUCCCUGAGCAGACGGACCCUCUUUGGCAGAAUCCAUGUGAUGAUAAACGACACAGGGAUAUUUGGUCCAGGGACAAAACAUGUGACCACCUACCCAAAUUUCUUGUGAUUGGACCCCAGAAAACAGGAACAACAGCACUUUAUUUAUUUCUUCUGAUGCAUCCUUCCAUUAUCAGUAAUCUCCCUAGUCCAAAAACUUUUGAAGAAGUUCAGUUCUUCAAUGGAAACAACUAUCACAAGGGUAUUGACUGGUACAUGGAUUUCUUCCCCACUCCUUCCAACAUCACAACUAACCUCCUCUUUGAGAAAAGUGCCAACUAUUUCCAUUCUGAGGAAGCGCCGAAACGAGCUGCUUCCCUCAUCCCCAAGGCCAAGAUCAUCACCAUCCUCAUUGACCCAUCCGACCGGGCAUACUCCUGGUACCAGCAUCAGCGAUCCCACGAGGACCCUGCUGCCCUGAAAUUCAAUUUUUAUGAAGUCAUAACGUCAGGCCACUGGGCACCCUCGGAGAUAAGGACCCUCCAGAAGAGGUGCCUGACACCUGGAUGGUAUGCUGUCCACAUCGAACGAUGGCUAACUCACUACCCAGCUUCACAGUUGCUAAUUAUUGAUGGACAGCAGCUAAGAAGUGACCCAGCUACUGUGAUGGAUGAAGUGCAGAAGUUUCUUGGAGUCUCUCCUCAUUACAAUUACUCCGAAGCUCUAACGUUUGACCCUCAGAAGGGCUUUUGGUGCCAGUUAUUGGAAGGAGGGAAAACAAAGUGCCUGGGAAAAAGCAAAGGUCGAAAAUACCCACCCAUGGACCAAGAGUCCCGGGCUUUCCUGUCGAGCUACUACCGAGACCACAACGUGGAACUGUCCAAGCUGCUGCAUAGGCUGGGACAACCCCUGCCCUCCUGGCUGAGACAGGAGCUGCAGAAAGUCAGAUAGCACACGAGGGCAGGGGCCCAGCCAAGGACAAUUUCCUUCACCGUGAAACCCCUUGCUUCUCCGACUCACCUGUGAUCGUCAGUAGAGGACCUCAUGAAUAACGCUCUUUCUAUUAAAAACAAAAACAAAUGAAUAAAAAAAAACCCGACAACUGUUUAUAUGCACGCGCUGACAGUUACUAGCAUCGACCCCUUUUGUCAGCUUCCAGGAAAUAAUACGGAGCUACGUGGCAUUACUCUUUAUCCAGACCCGGAUUCGUGCAUAGUCUAGUUCCUCUGUUCACCAGAAAGUACCAGAAACUGUAUGUAGGACAGAUUGACUUCAGUGUAUAUGACAAAUUGCAGUCUGUCAGGACACGAGCAAAGGAUGGGAACAUCUCGUUGGACUGUGAGUUCAUCCUUUAGUGUGACUGCACAGGUGUGGACCUGUCUAUGGAUUUGACUCCUCCAUCACUGUCCUAUCUAGAAAAACUACCAAAAAUAAACAAGGAUUUGCAAAAGACACAGAUUCUGAAGUGUUCAGUGUUCCAAUGACUGGAUAACUUUUGUAAGAUUUAGUAUCACUUCUGUAGUAUUUCAACACAAAAGACAUCUUCUUGAUAGAGCUGAGGAAAAACUUCACUGUCUUGCCCAAGCUGUUUAUUUUUUUCCUUUUUUUUUUCCCUCUCUUAUCUGACGACAGCAAAUCCAGUUGAACAAAUUCUUGGUGUUGAAGAAAAAUCAAAAUACAUUUUGAUUACUCAAAGUAUUUUUAGUUGGGGGGUGGUGAGGGAGGUCAAAGUCUGUAUUUGCUGGAAUUGUUUUAAAUAAUUGAUGUGCAUACACCUUAUUAUUGGUUCUUCUCACCUCUGCAGAAUAAACACUUCUGAUGGUGUAUUACAAA